CUUCUUCUUCGCGUGCGCGGGAGGGGGGUCGCCUCUCCGCCGAGGAUGGAGCCGCCCGGGCGCGCGCAAACCCCGCACGCGCCGCACCCGCCGCCGCCGCCACCGCACGAGCCCAUCAGCUUCGGCAUCGACCAGAUCCUCAACAGCCCCGACCAGGAGGCGCCCCCCGCUCCCCCGAGAGGGGCAGACGCGAACUACCUGGGCAGCGCAGCCGGUGGGGCCAACGGAGGAGGAGGAGGAGCAGGAGGAGCAGCCGGAGCCCCCGCGGGAGGGCGACCCGGGGCGCCCUACCCGUCCUUCGCCGGGCUGGGCGGCCCCUUCGAGGACGCGGGAUCUUACAGUGUCAACCUGAGCCUGGCCCCCUCCGGCGUGAUCCGGGUGCCGGCCCACCGGCCCAUCCCCGGCGCCGUGCCCCCGCCCAUCGCCUCCGCUAUCCCCGCCAUGCCCGGCGUGCCCGGCCUCGGAGGACUCAACUUCCCCUGGAUGGAGAGCUCCCGCCGCUUCGUCAAGGACCGGUUCACCGACUUGGAAAUCCCCCUGGCACCUUGUGAAGCAAGUGUCCUAACAGCGGCGGCGGCCUUGACCCCCUUCACGGUGACGCGGAGGAUCGGGCACCCUUACCAGAACCGGACCCCCCCGAAGCGGAAGAAGCCGCGCACGUCCUUCUCGCGGGUCCAGAUCUGCGAGCUGGAGAAGCGCUUCCACCGCCAGAAGUACCUCGCCUCCGCCGAGAGGGCGGCGCUCGCCAAGUCGCUCAAGAUGACCGACGCCCAAGUCAAGACCUGGUUCCAGAACCGACGCACCAAGUGGCGGCGGCAGACGGCAGAAGAGCGAGAGGCUGAGCGACAGCAAGCCAGCCGCCUGAUGCUGCAGCUGCAACAUGACGCCUUCCAGAAGUCUCUCAGCGACUCCAUCCAGCCAGACCCACUCUGCCUGCACAACUCCUCGCUCUUUGCCCUCCAGAAUCUGCAGCCCUGGGAAGAGGAGGCUGGCAAGAUCCCACCUGUCACCUCCUUGGUCUGAGGAAGAGGCCAAGGCCCACAGAGACAGACAGACAGAGAGCAGGCCCUCCUCCCCUCCUCUCCCUGCAUGACCCCAAGGCCUGGGCAGGAGGAGAAGGGGCCACCCCAUUACCGCCUGCGAGGGAUCCAGGAGGAAAGAGAUGCCACCUUCCAGUCCCAGAUUUCCCAUUGUGCUUAGGUGUGCUUAAGCACAGAGCCCUCUUGGCCAAAGGGGCAAUCUUCCUGCCAAUGAUGGAUUUUGCUUAUGUGGUGCAGUUCUAAAUUUGAAGGCAUUUUGUUUUGGAGCGAAUCCAGACAUAGUGAUCGAGUUGAUCGUCUAUGGAAGUGUACCAUAUAGCAGGCAGUAUAGGCCUACCAGGCCGACCUUCUUCAGGGCCCAAGGAAGGAAGAGGCCUCAUAAAUUAACUAGCACAGGCCUCAUUGGUCUUCAAUCGGGCACUGCCACCCUCUUGCCAGCCACAACCUUCCUUCCCUCUGCCAAGGACUGCCACAUUGGCUUCAGACAGUCACCUUCCCUGCUCUGGCACAAACUUUUCAGCCUUGCCCUGAUGUCACUGCAUCCCCCUUUGGACUGGGGCCUGGUUGGCAAAACCAAGCACAAACCUCACCAUUGGGAAAGACUCUGGGAAAAAGAAAAAAGGUGGGGAGGCUCCACAACCCUUUGCCUGGUCCCUCUGGCAGGGCUUGGUUCUCUUUCCCCUAUGGCAUGUGUAAGUGCCACCUUUGGUAUGGAGGGGAUGUUUUCUUUGGGGUGGCCUGAUCCCCUCGCACAAAGACUUCUGCCCUUGAAGGGAAAGAAUGGAAAUGGGGUCUCUUUUGGAUUGGGUUGAUCCUUCUU